UUUUUGAACGCAUCCUCGACUGCUGGCUGGCUGCAGGAGAGCUAUAUUUUUGGCGAUUUUUUUUAGCUGAUUUAAGGAUUUGUGAGGACUAAAUCCUUAGGAUAUCCUUGAAGGAAAUGGUUUUAACUCGAAUUAUGUCAUCAAGGUUAAGAACGGUCUUCCGACCUCUGUUCCUAACAAAUCAAAACAUGUCCAGUUCUUCUGAAACCCUACUUGAAGAGGUGGGCGAUAAGGGUUUAAUAACACUCAAUCGUCCUAAGGCCUUGAAUGCUCUGAAUAUUAACAUGAUACGACAGAUAUACCCCAAACUGCAGGAGUGGGAGACGACCAAGACCAUGGUUAUCAUCAAAGGUGCUGGGGAUAAGGCCUUCUGUGCUGGAGGUGAUGUGCUCUCAAUCGUACAGACUGUCAAUGAUGAAAACCCAGUUGGCGAAUACUUCUUCCGUGAGGAGUAUAAACUCAAUUGUCUCAUUGGAACAUUCCACAUACCUUACAUUGCUCUAAUUGAUGGCAUCACAAUGGGUGGUGGUGUUGGUCUCUCCGUCCACGGUCAGUAUCGAGUCGCUACAGAGCGGACAUUGUUCGCCAUGCCUGAGACAAGUAUUGGGCUUUUUCCCGAUGUUGGCGGCUCUCACUUUCUGCCUCGACUAGGAGGUCGGCUUGGCAUGUUCUUGGCUCUGACAGGUCAGCGGCUCAAGGGUCAUGAUGUGUUGAAGGCAGGUGUGGCAACCCACAUAUGUGAUAGCGAAAGGAUUCCUGAGUUAGAGAAGUCAUUAUUGAACCUUACGUCCAACUAUCCUGAAGAUAUUGCUGCAGUGCUCAAUAAAUUCAGUGAGGAGGCAACUUUUAGCAAGGAUGAGCCUUUCUCCCUACAGCCUGUCCUCUCAAAGAUACAGUCUUGCUUUUCUGGCACCAGUGUAGAAGAAAUCAUCUCCAACUUGGAAAAGCAGGAUGGAUCUGAGUGGGCACAGAAACAAUUGUCUAUUUUGAAAAAGUCAUCUCCCACAUCACUCAAGGUGACUUUUGAACAAAUAGAGCGAGGAGCACAGCUCACUCUCCAAGAGUGCCUCUCCAUGGAGCAUCGAAUUGUCAGUCGGAUUUACAAGGGCCACGACUUUAAAGAAGGUGUUCGUGCUGUACUGAUAGACAAGGACCACAAGACCUCGUGGAGCCCCGCCACCCUAGAAGAAGUGCCAACUGAAGACAUUAUUCAGUAUUAUUUCUCUCCUCUUGACCCAGAAAAAGAGCUUAUGUUUUAAUAUUAUUUUUUAGCCAGUAUCUUCUCUUGUAUACAUUCACCUUACAAAGAACCAUAGCUUCUCGUAUGUUAUCCAUAAACAGCGCUGUAUGACCCUUGUGGGUUUAGCGCUUAGUUUUGAUUGUAAUAAUCUUUCUUUCUUUCAACACACCGGCCAUAUCCCACCGAGGCGGGGUGGCCCAAAAGGAAAAACGAAAGUUUCUCCUUUUACAUUUAGUAAUAUAUACAGGAGAAGAGGUUACUAGCCCCUUGCUCCCGGAAUUUUAGUCGCCUCUUACAACACACGUUGCUUACGGAGGAAGAAUUCUGUUCCACUUCUCCAUGGAGGUAAGAGGAAAUAAACAAGAACAAGAACUAGAAAGAAAAUAGCAGAAAACCCAGAGGGGUGUAUAUAUAUAUGCUUGUACAUGUAUGUGUAGUGUGACCUAAGUGUAAGUAGAAGUAGCAAGACAUGCCUGAAACCUUGCAUGUUUAUGAGACAGAAAAAAGGACACCAGCAAUCCUACCAUCAUGUAAAACAAUUACAGGCUUUCGUUUUACACUCACUUGGCAGGAUGGUAGUACCUCCCUGGGUGGUUGCUGUCUACCAACCUACUACCACAGGACGGUACUACCUCCCUGGGUGGUUGCUGUCUACCAACCUACUACCACAGGAUGGUAGUACCUCCCUGGGUGGUUGCUGUCUACCAACCUACUACCACAGGAUGGUAGUACCUCCCUGGGUGGUUGCUGUCUACCAACCUACUACAUAGGUGUAAUAAUAAUAUCCAUAAAAAAUUAUUUGUGGUUUACCUUUAAGCAUUUUGUAUUACAUUUCCAUUUUUACUCCAUAUAAAGUUUAGUAAUACUGGAACACCAAGAUACUUCACUUGUUCUCUGGUCACCUCACCGCUAAACAAGACUGAGAAUUCAUCACAAGUCAUUCCUUACAAAGUCAAUAAAUGACUUGAUGUACUAUGAGUGUGUCAGCCAGGGUAACAUUAAUAAAGGGUACAGGGUAAACUGGUUAGCCAGACUUGAGUCCUGGAGGUGGGCAGGUACUGCGCCUGCACUAUGAAGGAUGAGUAGGGAUGUUACAGUUUAGAGGGUCAUUUAAAUUGUUAUGUAUUAGCUUAUAACAUGAUUGCUAUUAAAUAAAUGAUGAUGAAUAAGUUUC